GUGAUCUCAUACACGACUUGGACAGAUCAGACCCCAGGGCUGGUGUUCCUGCUGUGUUCCUGCAGUGCUGGAGCUUAUAGGAGGCAGUUUAAGGAACUGAGCAGGAUCCUGAGAGGAGGAGGAGGACUGGCAGCUUCUCCAGUGUUUACUCUUCAUUCAGCGGCAGGAGUCUGAGAAAGGAGCAGCGAACAUGGCCUGUGGAGGAUUCUUCUGCUCCAAAAAUGCCCUCUGUGCGCUUAAUAUUCUCUAUAUGCUGGUGAGUCUGCUCAUGAUUGCUGUGGCAGCCUGGGGUAAGUGGCUUGGACUGGUCUCCAGUUUCCAGGUGUUGGGCGCUGUCAUUGGAGUGGGUUUCUUUCUGUUCAUUGUGGCCGUUGUGGGUCUGUGUGGAGCUCUGAAGCAACAUCAAGUCCUCCUGUUCUUUUACAUGCUCAUCCUGUUCAUGGUGUUUAUUGUGCAGUUCUCAGUGUCAUGUGCAUGCCUGGCCAUCAACAAGGAGCAGCAGAAUCAGCUACUGGAGCUGGGAUGGAACAGGUCUGAGUCCAUGCAGAAGGACAUAGAAAGGUCACUGAACUGCUGUGACUUCUACCAAGUCAACUACAAUGAAACCUGUGAGGCUGACUGCUUCAGAAACCAACAGUGUUCAGCAUGUGCAGUGAUAAUUCAGAGAUAUGCUGAUGAUGCACUGCACUUUGUAGGAGGAAUGAGCUUGUUCUUCAGUUUCACUGAGAUUCUGGGUGUGUGGCUAACGUACAGAUACAGGAAUCAAAAGGCACCUCGGAUACAUUCCGGCCCGUACAACUAGUUAGAAGGAAACUUUCCACUGAAAUUCUUAUAGUCAUAUGAUGUACAGCCUUUAACAAUGACUGUUUUGAAAGUCUGAAGUGUACAGUUUGAUACUCUGGCACAAAUCCUUUUUUUUCUCAAGCUGACAUAAUAAUUUAAUAGCUGUUUUUUGCAUGUCAUCUCAGAAAAGGAAAAAAAAACUUUCAAUAGAAGUCAUUGAAAAAUGAUUUGUUCCAUUGGUCCAUUCCUUAUGACAUCAAAUUGUCAUGAGAUCAAAAUAAAUAUAUUUGUAAGCUGCUUUUUACAAAUGAUGAAAAGUUUGAAAUCUAGUAAUAAGACAAAAGAUCCAACAACACACAAAGAUAAAAACAUUAAACUCGCAGUGAGGAAGCCCAAGUUUAGUGCCCAAGUUGCAUGGGCAACUUCCUAGAGCUAGAGGGAGACAACAUGGGAGGGGACCAUCCUCCCGUGGUCAAUUAUUACUUAUAAAUUAUUGGUAAAAAGCCCCUGUACCAUCACAUACGACAGUUGUUACAUUCAUGUAUCUACUGAUACAAUCAAAAUAGUGGUGGUAUAAUAAUAAAUGCAAUGAUAAGGGUCAGUAAUAAUAAUAAUAUCAACAGUAAUAACGUGGUGGUGCUGAAUAUGGGGGUUUAGGAGUUUUAAAUGUAAUUCCCAGCAUGCUCUGUGGCUGCCCUUUUUCCUUGAUGUUUCUUUUCUGGGGGGUUCUACUGUAUGUGGUUUCUUGUUUUGUGUGUGUGUGUGUGUGAGAGAGAGAGAGAGAGAGAGAGAGAGAGAGAGAGAGUUAAUGUGUUUGUUUAGUUGUUUAAUUGUGGUGUUUACUCACCUCCUGGUGUUAGUGUGAAGGGUGGACAAAGUCUCUACCGGUAGGCCGCCAUUUGAAAUUUGAGAGAAACACAGCUAAUAGGCAGUUAUUUCUGUCUCUCUUCUUCCUGUUUAAAUAAAGUUGCUAAAUCAAACUGA